AUGUGUUAUUGCAUAGUGUGGGUGCAUGAUAAAAUAGCUAAAAUAGCGAGCGUUGAUUUCGAAGUCCUAGACACUGCUGGCAAGAAUUAUUUGAGUUGGCAUGUGGACCUGAAGUUCCACUUACGUGCCCAGGGCUUAUUAGCCACAAUUUCAACUCCUGCUCCACCGGCUCCGGCCACUGGUACGGGUAAUGCUGUAAAUAAUGUUGAGGUUGCUACUACAGUGAUCGUCUCUGAUAUAGAUAAGGCGAAAGCCAUUAUCUACAUCAGGAGACAUAUUGAUCGGACCCUGAAGGCCGAAUACCUGACUGUAGAGGACCCAAAGGAAUUGUGGACUGCACUUGAGGACCGAUACAAACAUCAGAAAGAUUUGUGUGGUGAAGAAGUUUCGGAGGAACGCAUGUUGGAGAAGACUUACACAUCCUUCCACGAGAAGGAUGCAAUCCUCAUGCAACAGUACCGCGAACGAAAGUUCAAAAAGUAUUCUGAAUUGCACUCCACCCUUCUGAUGGCGGAGCAAAACAGAGAAUUGCUUUUGGCCACUCAUAACCUACGCCCUGCAGGCUCAGCUCCUCUACCCGAAGCUCACAUGUUUUCUUCCCAGAAGCAGAAGAAAAAGCAUAAGGGUAAAUUCAACAAGGGGAAAGCCCCUAAGUGGCAGGCCAGAUGUCCACCCCAGAAAAACAACCCGCCCCAGAGCAGCAAUAGUGAGGGAAAGAAGAAGUGGAAGAAGAAGACCACUGAGCUGUCGUCCAUUCCCAAGAACACUUGGGAGGACAAAUGCCACAGAUGUGGCAUGACUGGACAUUGGUCCAGAAACUGUCGCACUCCGCGACACCUCCAAGAUCUGUAUCUAGCGAGCCAGAAGUCUCCUGUUGAAACAAAUCUGGUGGAAAAGCAGCCGUCUACUCAGUUCACUGCUGAUGACUUCGAAAUGGAUGAUCUUCUCGACUAG